UCUUGCUCUGAAAGGUGUGUGAUGGCUAUCGACGUCCGCGUGUCCUCUCGAUAUAAACCCCUCGACCCACACGACCGCAACACAGCCGGAGACAGAGCGCGAGUGACAUCACAAAACAGAGAGCUCUGCUCUGCUCUGCUCUCCUCAGCUCAGCUACACAAACUCAUCACAGACACAGCGAGAAGAGAAGCUGCUUGCCCAAGAUGAUGCUCGCGUACAUGGACCGCGCCGCCGCCGCCGCCACAGAGCGGGACGCUCUCGAGCUGACCGUGGUCACCGCCGACGCGGCCGAGUGCGCGGCGGCGAAGGACUUCGGCGGCCUCGUGAGCGCGCGCCCCGCGGCCGUCGUCCGGCCGGCCAGCGCCGACGACGUGGCCAGCGCCAUCCGCGCGGCCGCGCGCACGACGCACCUGACCGUGGCCGCCCGCGGCAACGGCCACUCGGUGGCCGGCCAGGCCAUGUCCGACGGCGGCCUCGUCCUCGACAUGCGCGCCCGGCGCCUGCAGAUGAAGCUCGUGUCGCCUGGAGGCGGUGGGGCGGCCUUCGCCGACGUCCCCGGCGGCGCGCUCUGGGAGGAGGUCCUCCACUGGGCCGUCUCGAACCACGGCCUCGCCCCCGCCUCCUGGACGGACUACCUCCGGCUCACCGUCGGCGGCACGCUCUCCAACGGCGGCGUGAGCGGGCAGUCCUUCCGGUACGGCCCGCAGGUGUCCAACGUGGUGGAGCUGGAGGUGGUGACCGGCGAAGGCGAGUGCCGCGUCUGCUCCCCCUCCUCCCACCCCGACCUCUUCUUCGCCGUCCUCGGCGGCCUCGGCCAGUUCGGCGUUAUCACCCGCGCCCGCAUCCCGCUCUCCCCGGCGCCACGGACGGUGAGGUGGGCGCGCGUGGUGUACGCGAGCUUCGCGGAGUACGCGGCGGACGCGGAGUGGCUGGUGACGCGGCCGUCGGAGUCGGCGUUCGACUACGUGGAGGGGUUCGCGUUCGUGCGCAGCGACGACCCGGUGAACGGCUGGCCGUCGGUGCCCAUCCCCGCCGGCGCGCGCUUCGACCCGUCGCUGCUCCCCGCCGGCGAGCCCGGCCCGCUGCUCUACUGCCUGGAGGUGGCCCUGUACCAGCACCAGCAGCAGCAGCCGGACGACGUGGACGAGAGGAUGGGGGAGAUGAUGCGGCGGCUCAAGUACGUGCGGGGGCUGGAGUACGCGGCGGACGUCGGGUACGUGGAGUUCCUGUCGCGCGUGAACCGGGUGGAGGAGGAGGCGCGCCGGAGCGGCAGCUGGGACGCGCCGCACCCGUGGCUCAACCUCUUCGUCUCCGCGCGCGACAUCGCCGACUUCGACCGCGCCGUGCUCGCCGGCAUGCUCGCCGACGGCAUCGACGGGCCCAUGCUCAUCUACCCCAUGCUCAAGAGCAAGUGGGACCCGAACACGUCGGUGGCGCUGCCGGAGGGCGAGGUGUUCUACCUGGUGGCGCUGCUGCGGUUCUGCCCGGGCGGCGGCGCGGCGGCGGCGGAGGAGCUGGUGGCGCAGAACGGGGCCAUCGUCGACGCCUGCCGCCGCAACGGCUACGACUUCAAGACCUACUUCCCGCACUACCGCGCCGAGGCCGACUGGGCGCGCCACUUCGGCCCCAACUGGGCCCGCUUCCUCGACCGCAAGGCCCGCUACGACCCGCUCGCGAUCCUCGCCCCGGGCCAGAAGAUCUUCGCCAGGACCCCUUCCUCCUCCCGCCUCGACCGAUCAUAGCUCAUAGCUAAACGUGGUUGCCGGCCAAGCCAUGAUGGUCAUCAAGAUCUCGAUCCAUCCACAACAUAAGAAGAUGAUGAUGAUGAUUAUAGGGUCAUUAUUCAUUAGGCACGCACAUUGGGGGGACAAAAGGGGCUCCAUGGAUGCUGUAAGGGACUGUAGUAGGGAAGGGGUUGCAAAGAAAACCAAACAUGUCGCCUUCUUUUCGUCGCUUCGCUUCCGUCAGGCAGCAGCUAACAGGCCCCGUCCCCUAAUUAGCAAUUCAGCUAACUAACUAAGUAAUUUGUUCAUGGAAGCAUGCAUGCAUCAAAGCAUGAACUCUUGUUCUCUCUUGCAAAUUACUUUUCUAUGUAAACAAAUGUAAGACGUUUUUUUGUCA